AUGGAUAAGAACGGAACUCUCGAUUGCAACAAAUACAUGGACUUGUGUUGUGGUACAUGUACAGCAUUGGGAAGCGCAUCGUUUGCGAGGGCGCCGACGACCACAGAAGAGCCACUCGCUUUCAAGACUCUUCCUCCAGGAUUCACAUCGACGCCUUCACAUCAUGUUUGUUCUGACAGAGAUGGAGUGCAACAGUGUGAACAGCUCGUUAAGUACAACAAACUCAAUUGUUUUACAGUCGAAGGCACUGCGCGCUGCUGCGGCACAUGUAACGCCCUUAUGGAUUACAUCGAGACGAUAGCCACUUACAUAUACUCGACAUGA